UUGUAUUCCAGCGGCUGCGAGUCGAUACCGCAACGCUUUCUGAUCGCCAUGACCUCCUCCUCGCUGCUGCUCUUGCUCGCUCUCAUGCUGGCCUGGUCAGCACCAGCCUUCCUCCUGGCGCGCGCCGGCGACCAAGGGCUCAAGCGCAUCCACCUGUACAUGCACGAGACCUUCGCCGGCCCCAACGCGACGGCGAUCGUGGUGGUGCCAUCACCACUGGGCGCCAACGCGACGUUCGGGCUGGUCGGCGUGCUUGACGACGAGCUGCGCGACGGCCCGGACCCGAAGAGCUCGUCGCUAGUGGGCCGGUACCAGGGCAUUUUCGCUGGAGCCGGGCUCGUGAGCCCGCCGGGCAUGCAGUCGGCGAUCAACUUCGUGUUCACGGCCGGGGAACACAGCGGGAGCACGCUGGCCAUGCUGGGGCCUGUUCUGAGCUUCACAGGUGCCAUCGAGCGCGCCGUGGUGGGCGGCACCGGCGCGUUCAGGAUGGCGCGUGGGUACUGCGUCAUGAUGGCCGCGGGCAACCCCACGCCUGACUCCAUCGUCUACGAGGUCGACCUAUUCGUGAAGAUGGAUUAUGCCUGAUCAUUUCCCUCUUCUCGUAACCUGUAUCGAUCAUUAUCGUGUACUACCAUGCAUGCUGUAGAGUGUUGUACAAGGAAGAAUAGCAUUUGCCAGUGCGCAGCCCAUUGCACAUCGUUCAGGAGAAAGGGCUCAGUCUCUUUGCGAUCUGAGCCCAUCUGCCGCUUUUUUUUUUGAUGCUCAAAAAAAAAAUCUGCCGCUUUUUUCGCUUUUUUUUCUCCAUUUCAGCCCUAUAAUUAUGAUUGUAUCGUGUAUAUGCGUGAAUGUGAGCAUCUUCAAUUGUAUUGUGUUAA